UCUCUCUCUCUCUCUCACACACACACACACACACACACACACACUGGAUUUUGCGCCAACAUUGCGCGCGCGCGCACACACACUAUUUGUUGGGACAGAAAUGAAAAUAAAUUGCAAUAAAUCUGGGCAUAAAGACUGAAAGAGCGCGUGCACAUGUGCGCAGCAGGAUGAGAUGUUAAUGUGGUGAGGCGGGCAGAGCGGAGCUGAUUGGAGCCCUAAUCCUUUUCCCCCCGGGGCCGUUUUCAGCCCCGAGCCAGAAUUCCUGUUCAGCUCUCCUCCACUGUUAUUCGGGAAGGAUCUCUGGCUUCAGUGCACUCUCAGCCUGUCUCACACUCCAACCGAAAACGGAACCGUAAAGCAUAAAAAAAAAGAAAAGAAAAAAAAACAGAGAGGAAAAAAACAAACCGAGGCCAAGACACGAUCGAUCUCAUGUUUUGAAGAGAGCGACGCCGAUUGAGCCAUGACUUCCAAGGAGGGAAGAAGCAUGUCUCGCCUCUCUUUGACCCGCUCUCCAGUGUCUCCUCUGGCUACACAGGGCAUCCCUCUUCCUGCUCAGCUGACUAAAGCCAACGCCCCCGUUCACAUCGAUGUAGGAGGACACAUGUACACCAGCAGCUUGGCUACACUCACGAAGUACCCAGACUCAAGAAUCAGUCGGCUGUUUAACGGCACCGAGCCGAUCGUGUUGGACAGUCUGAAACAGCACUACUUUAUUGACCGGGACGGGGAAAUUUUCCGUUACAUUCUCAGCUACCUCCGCACCAGCAAACUGCUGCUUCCUGAAGACUUCAAGGAGUUCCAGCUGCUGUACGAGGAGGCGCGUUAUUACCAGCUAAGCCCCAUGGUGAAGGAGCUGGAGCGCUGGAAGCAGGAGCGAGAACAGCGACGGAGAGCUCAGCCCUGUGAAUGCCUGGUGGUGCGCGUGACCCCUGACCUCGGCGAGAGGAUCGCCUUGAGUGGAGACAAAGCUCUCAUCGAGGAGAUCUUCCCUGAGACGGGCGAUGUCAUGUGCAACUCGGUCAACGCCGGCUGGAACCAGGACCCCACUCAUGUUAUUCGCUUUCCGCUGAACGGAUACUGCAGACUCAAUUCUGUACAGGUGCUGGAGAGAUUGUUCCAGAAAGGUUUCACCAUGGUGGCAUCGUGCGGCGGAGGAGUGGACUCGUCUCAGUUCAGUGAGUACAUCCUGAGUCGGGAGGAGAGACGCUGUCAGACCAUCCACACGCCCAUCCGGAUAAAACAGGAGCCGCUGGACUAGCCGAACGCCUCCAUCAGACCCGCAAAAGAUCAGCUGUGGACUAGAAUGAGCUGGGUGUGUUCUUCUCUGCUGGCUCACUGGACUAUUAAGGAGCCCAGCACGAUGGAACUCUAUACAAACAACCGAAGACAUCUGACUGAACACCAAGACUCAGUAGAGAGACAUGUUUAAAAAGUCAAGAUUGCAUUCUGUAUAAUUUGGUCUUCCACUCACUUUAACACUGUUGGUAUAGUAUUCAGUCAUGUCCUUGUUUGUGUUUAAAGCAGAAUUCUUUUUUGCACACUAAUCCACGUACCAGUUUUUCCAGUGUGCAUCCCGAACACCUCGUGCUCCAGUCUUCUGUAAAUCAGACCCCUGCAUGUCCUUGCCAUCAUUUCCGAGAGCAGAAGUGGUUUGAUGAUGAUUGUGGAGUGGAGAAGGGCUGGCUGGCAUUGUGGUCAAAGCGAUAGUGAUACAACAGCGACAUCCUCAUAGCGACGGAGUGAUUUUGUUGCUAAGUGAUCCACAACAUGACAGGCAUGAUGGUUGAAUGCUUUAACAGAAGUGUUUUAGGUGUGUUUGUGUGUGUGUCGUGUCAGCCAAAGCAUCACCACAGCAUCAUUACAGAAAAAACGUCCGAAGAUCAGAUCAGAAAACGUCCAAUUCAAUACAAUUCAAUGCCCAUCCAAGCCAUGAGUACUGGCACAUCCAUAGUUAAUGUCUUCAGAGUUGGUAGCGGGAUUAGUUACAACAUGGUGCCAGGAAAGUGUCUAAGGCUAUGCUCAGACAAGCAGCUCACAUCCAACGGACAAUCUCAUCCGAGCAGGAAACAGCAAAAAACACACGCAGUCUGAUUUUGUCCAAUCAGAUUCAACCGACAUUUCUAAUUGGUUUAAAUGAUUCAAAUCUUCACUUCUUAAUUCCAUAGUUGUGACACACUUCAAAUGACAUCAGAUUUCAUGAUUUAAUACAAAAAAAAUUUUUUUUUUAAAAAUCUGAGACAACAUGAAGCAAUAAUGCUUGUUAGCAGAGAAGAAAUACUAUAGAUUUCAGAUUUUAACAUUGAGAGAUCACCAAAAUAAACCCUGAUCUCUGGAUGGAAUUCAUUUCUCCCCGUCAAUCAGAGUGAUACUAGCUAAUAGUGGGCAUCUUGUAUGCAGAAGAGGGCGUCUAGUGCUCUCCUUCGCUCUUUACACAGAGCAUGAGCAGCAAUUUUGAAAAGAUGUGUUGGCUUCAUGUAUAUUUGAGGAAGCACAUGCUAGCCCUCACCCUCCCUGAUUCAUAGGAAGAACUAGUGUGUGGGAAUUAGCAAUGGUACAAAGUUAGAUUACAAAUGUUAACUAUCCAUAGAGAAACCUCCAUGUUGAAUCUCUAACUAGCUGCCCCAAAACUCUGAAUAUCUGAGAUUAUUUACAUCAUUACAGUCAUUACUGAGACAACUCAGAUUUGCUUUUUUCCCCCUUCUUCUUUUGCCGUGUCAGAACUCAUAAUUAUUAAUGAUUAACACAUAAAUCAGAUUUGUCAAGUUUGCUAGAAUGUCUCCAACGGCUUUUCUAAAGCCCGGAACAUGAUGACCUGCCGUAUCGGUUCAUUUUGAUCAGGUGGCUCCAAAUUUGUCACCUCAAUUUCCCUCUCUCAGCUUCGUGUAAUCAAAUGAACAACAUGCUAUAUGGCAAGAGAACAGAUCCAAAGAUACUCUGGAGACACAAUUGCCUCUACAUUCUCUAAGACUCUCUCCCGAUGAAGGCAGCUCUAGGUGGAUUACUUCAUUCACUAAAUGAACACACGUCUGUGAGGCACGUCAUCUAGUUCUACCACAGCAGUACAGGGAUUAGUGUGCAGCUCAAGGCUUCUUCAGGGCUCCGGAGGAGGAGGAAGAAGAAGGGG